AUCUACCUCCCAUGCUCUUUGAAUGGCAUCAGCCCUUCAAUAUUAUCCUUAUUUAUACACUACUCCCCCUUUUUUAGUCUUCUUCACUUUUGUCUUCUCAAACAAAGACUUUAAAUAUUCACUUAAAGAAACUCGUCACACAAUUCACAACCAUCUUCCCAACCCUCCCGUUUUUUUUUUCUUUGCUCUCUCUCUCUCUCUCUCUCUCUCUCUACUCAAAAGGCAGAAACUUUCUCUCUCCAAAAUGGCAUCAUCAACAGUCUGUGUAAUGGACGCCUCAGGGGAGCUAGGGUCGAGCCUUGUUGAGCGUUUGCUCCAAAGGGGCUAUACAGUUCAUGCCGUUGUUCAAAGUGGUCAAAACCAUGGUGAUGAUCAUGAUUUGAAGUACUUGGAUGGGAUUUGUUGUGAUGAGAAUAAGAAGUUGAAGGUUUUCCACUCGGACCCUUUUGAUUACCAAAGCAUAAUUGGUGCUUUGAGAGGCUGUUCAGGCUUGUUCUACACAUUUGAGCCUCCACAAGAUCAACCCACUUAUGAUGAAUUCAUGACGGAUGUGGAGGUAAGAGCAGCACACAAUGUGCUUGAAGCAUGUGCUCAGACAGAUACAAUUGAGAAAGUAGUUUUCACUUCCUCAAUCACAGCCGUUGUUUGGAGGGAUGAUCGCACUUCUGAUUCAUCUGAUUUGGAUGAACGACAUUGGAGCGACGCUAAUCUUUGUCGUAAAUUCAAGUUGUGGCAUGGGCUAUCGAAGACCUUGACGGAGAAGACAGCAUGGGCCUUAGCAAUGGACCGUGGCCUAAGCAUGGUGUCAAUCAACGCAGGCUUAUUAAUGGGCCCCCAAUUGUCGAUCAGCAACCCUUAUUUAAAAGGAGCGGCUGAGAUGUACGAGGACGGAUUGUUCGUGACCGUCGAUUUGAAUUUCUUGGUGGAUGCCCACAUUUGCGCGUUCGAAGAUGUCUCAUCCUACGGUCGAUAUUUGUGCUUCAACCACGUCAUCAAUCGGCCCGAAGAUGCUCUUCAGCUUGCUCGAAAGUUGACCCCUUCUUCUCCUCCACCACCUCAAAGCUAUGAGGAGGAUAAGAGGAUUUUCCAACAAAGGAUCAGCAACAAGAAAUUGAACAAAAUAAUGGUGGAUUUUCAAAGGGGAUCCCAAGAAAUUGAACAAAAUAAUGCAUAGACGUUUUUCAUGUUUUUGACGGUGAUUUGAGUAGACACGUCAUCAACUAAACCUUUGCAAGUGGAUGGGCAUUUGUUGUACAUCAAUAAUAUGGGAGAAGGAGAAUCACCCUCAAGCUAGCUCUAUUUUGAAGCGUCAACCCAAUGUCUAACAUAAAUUGUGAUCUUUCCUUUUUUUUUUUUUUUUUGUUGUUGUUGCUGCUGCUUGUAUUGAGUUUUGUGAUCUUUCCACUUGAAACAAAAGGAAAAUUUUUCUUCAAUUACAUACCAUUUUUUUAAAGCCUGAAUUGUGAAUG